CCGCCAGCCACCAUUCUUGGAUUUGGAAAGCCAUUUUAGGACUUAGACCUCUUGCUAAACGCUUUCUGAGAGGUGCUGUGGGAAAUGGGCAGUUGCUAAGCUACUGGUACGACCACUGGAGUAAUCUGGGGCCACUAAUUGAAGCGAUAGGAGCCUCGGGGCCGCAGCUUACAGGUAUCCACGAGUCUGCUGUGGUUGCUGAAGCGUCUUCCUCUACUGGUUGGAUCCUCCCAUCUGCUAGGACAAGGAAUGCUUCUCUAGCAAACCUAAGGUCCACGCUUCUUAACUCCCCAGCUCCAAGUGGUGACAGAGGAGAAGACACCUACACUUGGUACAUAGAGGGUUCAUCUAGUACCAGCUUCUCAUCAAAGCUUACUUGGGAAUGUCUUCGGCAAAGGGACACUACCAAACAGUGGGCUGCAGCAGUCUGGUAUAAGGGAUGUAUCCCCAAGUAUGCCUUCAACUUCUGGGUUGCGCACCUCAAUAGACUUCCAGUAAGAGCCCGCACCACCCACUGGAGCACAAACAGACCCUCUCUCUGCUGUGUCUGUCAACGUGAAACAGAGACCCGCGAUCACCUCUUUAUCCACUGUACGCUUGGCUCUCUCAUCUGGCAGCAGGUCCUCGCGCGGUUUGGUAGGAGCCAAAUGUUUAGAGAAUGGAAGGACAUCAUUGAGUGGAUGCUCUCUAACCAAGGUAGCUUCAGCGGAACUCUAAAGAAGCUUGCAGUCCAAACUACUAUCUUCCACAUCUGGAAAGAGAGAAACAGCCGACUGCAUAGCGCCAUGUCCACCUCCCACACAGCAAUAUUCAAGCAGAUAGAUCGGAGUAUCAGAGACUCCAUUCUAGCUCGCAUCACCAGAAGGAACUUCAAGGAUCUCUUGUCGCAGUGGUUUACUUUUGAAUGAGGUUUCCUUCACCUUCUUCGUUUGGUUAAUUUUAGGCUUUUUUCCACUUUUUUUUUUUGGGCCUUCUUUAACAUCUAGCUCCGCCGAGCAUCUGUAUUAAAACCGUUCCAGUUUUUGGUAAAUAAAAUUCACAUUUUAUCAAAAAAAAAAAAAAAAAAUUAUUUUUGGGUCACUAUUUGAAUUUAAACCUACAUGAUGUAUAUACAAUUUCAUAUAGUGCAGGCACAAUUAUCACGUUCAUACAGUAAAAGAUUUAAACAUAUUGAAGAGAAAUAUUUUAUGCAUCAAGCAAUUCAUAUUUGAUUAAUAUAUAUAUAGAGAUACAAACAAGAAAAAUGACGCAACAGAUGACUGACUUGGAAAAAUAAGCAAAGUAAAACUUGUUCUAAUCAACACUUAAUUCCAAAAAGGUUAGCAAUAAAUAAGAAGGUUUUUGAUGAAAAACAAAAAGAAACAAGAGCUUAAAGAGAAUGAUGAACACUGAAAGGGGAAAAAAGAGAAUAUAUAUAGGAAAGGAGAUUUAUAUAAAUAAACUAAGGAAACUUAUUCUCUUCUUUGUAUCUCAUUCAGCUCCUCCCUUCUCUCUUCCUAUCUCUCUCCCUCUUCCUCUCUCCCUGUGGAUCAAUUCUUUCUUAUGUGAUGUGAUUUUCCACCAUAUAUGCAACCUAAAAAAGCAUUUCAAGCUUAUUUCAAAGAUGGAUUUCUCUUCUCUUCCAGUUAAUCAGUUCGAUUCACACAACUGGCAGCAGCAAGGUAACACACAACAGCAAGACCGUGUCACAUCUUACCAGAACCCUAAUUUCAAUUUACCACAGUUCUCAUCACCCCCGGCUUCUCAGGCUGGCUCAAGCCAAGCCAGGGUGAAUUCAAUGGUGGAACGCGCUCGGAUCGCUAAAAUCCCAUUGCCUGAAGCAGCUCUAAAGUGCCCUAGGUGUGACUCCACCAAUACAAAAUUUUGUUACUUCAACAACUACAACCUUACUCAGCCUCGCCAUUUCUGCAAGACAUGUCGCCGUUAUUGGACACGUGGUGGUGCACUGAGGAAUGUGCCUGUUGGAGGAGGUUUCCGGAGGAACAAGAGAAGCAAGUCCAAUGGUGGUGGGAGAUCGAAAUCCACGGUCGUGGUGUCCGCUGAUAACAAUAAUACUAGUUCAUCGCUUUCUUCUAACCCAAGUUACUCAAACCCUAGCAAGUUUCUUAGCUACGGUCAAGCCCCAGGGUUUACUUCCAACUUGCCUAUAUUGCCUCCUUUCCAAAGCCAUGGAGGUUACAACUCUAGCAACAUUGGAUUGGAUUUCAGCGGUAUUCAGAUGAGUGGGAUGAGUUCUAGUGGUGGGAUGUUGGAUCCAUGGAGAAUGUCUUCAUUACAACAAUCUCAGCAAUUCCCUUUCUUGAGCAACACUUCAGGGUUGGAUCAAUCUUCAAAUGCGUUGUAUCCAUUACUAGACGGCAAUGAAGGUGUUAACCAAGCUGAUCCUCAACAAGAGAGUAGUGAUUAUUCUAAUCAGCUAAGGUCUAAACCCUUGAUGGAUAUGGAACAACCUAGAAAUAUGAAGGCGGAAGAGAAUGAUCAGGAUCUUGAUAAGGAUGGGAACGGAGUGAAUAAUUUAUCCAGAAACUUUUUGGGGAAUAUUAACAUAAACCCCUCAGGGAAUGAUGAAUACACAUCAUGGGGAGGUAAUAGUAGCAUUAAUAGUUCUUGGACCGGUUUCACCUCCAACAACUCAACAGGUCAUCUGUCAUUCUAAGUACUCAGCUCUAGUCUUGAUGAUUCUUUUGUUGCUUGGGUUGUACAUGGAUCCCUUGUAAUGGGAGUUAUAUAUUACUGGGGAGAUAUCAAACCAUGGAGCUAUUAUAUACAUGAUCCAAGGCUAAUUUUGGGGAUCAACGGAAAGGUAUGGUUAUAAAUUUAUCGUUUUGAUCUUUUAGACGAUCUUUAAAGUGUGAGAGUAUGUUAAUUGGUAGGCUGCUGGUGAUAUUAUGUUUUUUAUCAUUAUUGGUUUUAUUGGCUAUAUAUAAAUGUGUGGGUUAUGUAUGAAUUAAGGAAUUGGUAUUAAUGGAUUUUUGUUUGUGUGUGUUCAUUGAA